UACCGCAGUCUUGGCCACAACACUCUCGAACCUUCCAGGAGCGGUCUGGCUUGACCGGGCUGGUCUGACCGGUCGGCCUCAGCUCUUUCUAAGAACCCGAGACAUGCUGGAUCCAUCAGAGUCUUCUGCACCCUCCACGCGGAACUGUUACACGAUCCUUGACGAUGAAAGGAGUGGUUCGGGAGCAGGGCUGUCUGGUGAUAUGCUACCCACACUCAACCGCGGCCUGAUUGUAUACCUGCUCCUCUCGCAUCACGUUAAUUCCCUCUUCUCUCCCUCGAAUCUGCCCCCUCUUCUGCGUACCCUUCGCGGUGUCCUCUUUCCCAAUAACGCCCCCGGUAAGACGACCUUGUUCCCACCAUCUUCCGAAGCCGAGCUGCAAGCCCUACGUCGCAGAGCCGCUAAGUCUCUUUGGGGGUUGCUACCGAAGGGUGUGGGAAGGCUUUAUUUUGGUGGUCGCUUAUGGCGGCGAAGUGCGGAGACCGAGGGUGAUUUAUCAGAUGACGAGGAUCUGGUGGAUGAAAUGGAGCGGCUGCUUCUUGUGCUAGACGAUGAGUACUGCAAUAAGCAUCUGAUGUACAGCAUUCUUGAGCUGCUACUUGCUCGCUUGAUGCCUGAACUGACGGAGAAAAGCGUGACGGAGCUUUGGGAAGAAAGACUUGGCUGAAUAGAUCUGUAGACUCUCUUUUAGAUUGAUGAUACCCCUUUGUUGACAAGUUAAUAAUGCUUAAUCAGAGAUAGAUAAAUCACAGCGAAAUGGAAAGAUAAUGUUCAAGAGC